AUGAACUUUCUCCGCAAUCGUCUCCCGGCCCCGAAGCAGGACUUGCUCGCCAAGCAAGCCCGCCAGCAGGGCACCACCGAUGCAGCCUACAAGCCCUUGCGCAUAUCUGAGCUCUUGAAGGAGUCUCCGAGCUGGUACAAGUCAGCUGCGCGGCGACAUCUCUACUUCCUGCUCUUCCCAGCAUGUGUUGUGUCAUACGCAACGUCUGGGUAUGACGGAAGUAUGAUGAACUCUCUGCAGACUGUCUCCUACUGGGAUGACUUUUUUGCCAACCCUCGGGGAUCUCAGCUUGGACUCAUGAGCGCUAUCAUGUCGCUUGGCAGCAUCUGUUCCACGCCUGUUGCGCCGUUUUGCGAGAGUACCAACUUUGCCAUGUUUGUUAUCAGCCGUUUCAUUCUGGGGUUUGGACUAUCUUUUGCUACGUCUGCAUCUCCUAGCAUGGUCAGUGAGCUGUCUCACCCCAAGGAUAGAGUCACUAUUACAGCUAUCUGCAACACUUGUUGGUUCCUGGGCUCCAUCGCAGCUGCUUGGAUCACCUACGGCACCCGAGUGAUCCCCAGUACUUGGUCAUGGAGAAUCCCCUCCUUGCUUCAGAUGGCACCCAGUAUCAUUCAGCUAUCAACUGUCUGGUUCCUUCCCGAGUCCCCACGGUGGCUCAUUUCGAACAAUCGCAGUGAAGAGGCCCUCGAAGCACUUACAAGAUACCACGGAGAGGGAGUUAAGACGGAACUAGUAGAGCUUGAAUACGAAGAGAUCCGAGCCGCAAUCGAGCAAGAAAAGUUGUCUGGUCAAACUACUUGGAAGUCUAUGGUCAGCACUAAGGGUAACCGCUACAGGAUGUUCCUCGUCAUCUGCAUGGGUCUAAUGUCACAAUGGUCUGGAAAUGGACUGAUCUCUUACUAUCUCUCUCGCGUCAUGGACAGUGUCGGCAUCACCAACAAGAAAACACAAGCCCUGGUCAACGGCCUCAUCAACAUUUGGAAUUGGGCCCUCGCUCUCACUAGCGCCUGCUUCGUCGAUCGCGUCGGUCGCCGUCCUCUCUUCCGAAUCUCUACAAUCGGCAUGUUGCUAGUCUUCACAGGGUGGACCAUCGCUUCGGAACGCUUUGCUGCCACGGAGGCCAAGUCUGUUGGCGUUGCGGUGAUGGCACUCAUCUUCGUGUACGAGAUCUUCUACUGCAUGGCUUUCUCGCCCCUCCCUGUAGCAUACUCGGUUGAGGUUCUGCCGUACUCAAUCCGUGCCAAAGGAAUGGGCUUGUAUGUCCUUUCAAUGAAAUGUGCUGUUUUCGUCAACCAGUAUGUCAAUCCUGUUGGACUGGAUAGCAUUGGUUGGCGGUACUACCUCGUUUACGUUGCUGUCCUCAUUGUUGAAAGUUUCAUUGCCUACGGGUGGUUCCUCGAAACAAAGGGUAAAGCCUUGGAGGAGAUUGCUGUCAUUUUUGACGGCGAAGCUGCCGAUGUCACUGUUGACGAGCCUGUCAAGUCCAAGGUUUUUAGUACUGAGAUGCCCACGACUCUUGAGCAGAAGAAUGUCGACCGCAAGGUCUAG